CAAUAUUUUCUUUGAUUUUCAGUGCGUCAGCACACAGAAUAAAACAAACGAACUUUUAUUGAAUAGUAAUUUUGAUUUAAUUUAUUCGAUUUAAUUUUGCAGUAUUAGUGCAUCAAAAAUGAGUUUGUUAUCAGAGGUGAUGAGUGUGGUGAAGGAGAGCGAAAUAUCGAAUGCACGUUUGAGCCUAAAAAAAAUCAACCAGGAGAUACGAAAUUUACAAAAUGAAUCAAAAGUAUAUUUGGAAGAAAAUUACACGGAAUUUAGUGAUGCAGUCAACGAGAACAAUGAGUAUUUGGAUCAAGCCGAUAGUCUAUCACGUGAAGUAGAAAAAUUACUUGAAGGCAUCGAUCGUGAUGCAAAAGAUGAAAUCCUAUCAGCCGCUGAUGAUGUGCAGCGGUACUUAAGAGAAUUGGAAGAAAUGCGUGUCGGUUUGCGUGUCAAUCAACGUCUUUUGCGUAUCGAUGCAUUGUUUCAAACAUUGGACGAAGCGAAGCAACAACAAUCAUUUGUCGAAAUUCGUGACACCAUCAACAGUUUACGCGAUGCAAUUUUCGAUGAAGAGGAUAAAGAUAUUUUCCGUGAAUUGGCCUGUUUUCAAAGCAUGAAACUUAAAUGGCAUGUCGAACAUGAAACUUUGUUGGAUAAAUUGCAAUCACAAUUCAAUUCGUAUGUUCAAUUACAAGAGAAGGUGUUCCAAAAUACGAAAUGUGUUACGGUUAAGGUGAGCAGUGAUAAAAAAGCAUUGCAAGAGAUUCUUUACAUGCUGUUUGAGACGAAUUUCAAUGCACAACGUUUGUAUACAUUUUUCAUCAAGAAUGUUUUUGAGCCGAUUAUAACGCGUCCCGUGUCAUUUGACAUGAACAAAACCGAUUCGAAAGAAGAUCGAUUGGGCAUCGAAUAUAAUAAUUUUACGUUGUCAUUUAGCACAAAACCAUACAUUUACGGUGAAUCGACCAAUUUGCGACCAAAUUAUAAGCAUGUAUUCACAUUUCUGUCAAAAGUGUUGCAUAUUUUGAGUAAUAUAAACAUUCAGUUGCCGAACGAAAAAUGGGUGUUUCAACAAAUGGCCGAACGUAUUGGCACCGAUUUCUACAAUUUGCUGGUGAAUGAAUGUUUAACAUACGCAAUUCCCGAAACUAUUGAAGGUCUCAGUAUUUCCGAAUUGGCCAAUGAAAUUAAAGAAUUUGAUCAAUUGCUGAAAAAUCACAAUUUCACCAACGACAGCAGCGCAACGAAAUUAACCGAAUUUGCCGAUAAAAUUGAUGUUAUUUUUAAAAAACGAUUCUGUUUGAACAUUGUUAAAAGUGCCGUUGAUAUAAUGCGAAAGGAUUUACACGAAAUGCAGAUUGUCGACGAAACAAAAUCAAGUGGCUCAUUUCCACGGUGUAUGGUGUCGCGCAACACAUUCGAAUUAAUUGAUUUGAUGGAAAAAGUGUUGCGAGAAGCAAAUGAUUUAUCUGGAAAACAAGUCGAAGAAUAUGUUUUGGCUGAUAUUCAAGAGCGUUUGCAAGCCACAAUUCCAAUGAUACUUGAAAGAUAUGCAAACGAAACGAUUGAUGCACAUGGAAAAUUUUUACAAACCAUUCCACAACAAACAGCUCUGUUUCAUAAUAAUUGUUCGUAUUUGGCAUGGUGGCUGAACAACGUUGGUAAAGAUUCGAAUGGAAUUGUUGUUCAAAUUGAACGACGCGACUGUAUCGUAUCUAGUCUCCAAGAACAAGGUUCGAAACAAUUUGCCUUACAAAUAUCGAAUCAACGCACGCAGCUAAUGGAAAUUUUAAAAGAAUUUGAUCUAACCGAUUCAAUGGUAGAACUGGGACCACAUGCCUACAAAAUCGUUCGUCAAUGCAUGCGACAAUUGGAUCUGCUGAAAAAUGUAUGGCAAACCAUUUUACCUGAGUUGGUUUACAAUAAAUCAUUGGGAACGAUUCUAAAUGAUUUAUGCGACGAAAUAAUUCGAAAAGUUGUAGCGCGAGAGGAUAUAUCAUCGGCCGUCGCCAAUGGUUUGGUUAACAUUUGCGAAGUUAUUGUCGAAAGAGGUCCCACAUUGUUCGCGGACCCAUUGGAUGUUUCGAUUUAUGUUAAGCACUGGGUGAAAUUGCAACAAAUUAAGAUGAUAUUGAAUGCAUCGAUGGCGCAAAUUGCUGAACAAUGGGCCGACGGUAAAGGUCCACUCACAUUGAAUUUCCGUGCAGAGGAUGUUCGUCAUUUGAUACGUGCCUUAUUCCAAAAUACAGAUCGUCGUGCAAACGUCUUAUCAACCAUCGUCUAAGAAGCAUCACACAUAGCCAUAUACUAUUCUAUGAGCAUUCAUUUUUGGAAUUUAUCUUUACUUAUCAUGUUUUUUAUGCUCAAAAUUUUCAAAUAAAAAAAAUGAUUUUCUACCGAGAAAAAAUAGAUAUUCAGAAGAAGAAUAUAGACCCG